GAUAGAUUGUUGUGUUUCUUUGUAUCUAUCUCAUAAUAUGUUUAAGAUAAUUCAAUACGAGAAAUUUGUUCAAAAUCGAGUUGUAGCGUACUUUAGAAGUUAUAAUGUGUGGACAAAAGAAAAAGUAGUGGUUUCGCCUUUUAAAGACGUGGAUAUACCGGAUGUAACAAUCUCAGAAUACAUUUGGAGCAAGAUUCAUAGAUGGCCGAACAAAAUAGCAGUUGUUUGCGGCGUCACCGACAGAAAAUAUUCUUACAAUCAGCUGUAUAAGGCGUCCCAAUGCUUAGCAGCAAAUUUGAGAACAAAAUUCAAAAUAAAGGACGGGGAUAUGGUUGCGGUUAUGAUGCCGAACCUUCCAGAAUAUCCAAUUACAGUACUUGGGAUACAAUCAGCUGGAGGAGCCGCUACUACUUUAAAUCCUAUUUAUACACCAUAUGAAGUAAAAAAGCAGCUCGAACUAUCUAAUACUAAGCUGAUAUUCACAACACCCGAACUGGUUCCAACUGUGAAAGAAGCCUUAAAACUAAACAAACAAAAUAUUCCCAUUAUUGUUAUGGAUCUUAUUACUGGAAGACCGGAAGGAACUGUAUCCUAUUAUGAAUUAAUUGGAGAUGAUGUUGAUUUAAGUGUUUUAAAGGAUGUAAAGAUAAGGCCCAGUGAUGUUGCAGUAUUACCAUAUUCAAGUGGAACUACUGGUCUUCCCAAAGGGGUUGAACUUACCCAUAGGAAUCUCGUUGCGAACUGCCAACAGCAGACCACUGAAUGUAGACACUAUGAACAUACAACCGAUACAAAUCAGGAUACAUUACUAGCUUUACUGCCAAUGUUCCAUUCAUAUGGAUUGAGUGUUGUAAUGUUUAGUGGUCUAUCAGCUGGCCUCAAACUUGUGACGUUGCCCAAAUUCCAGGCGAGUACUUUUGUGGAGGCGCUGGAAAAUUUCAAAAUGAAUAUUAUGUAUUUGGCGCCACCAACACUCCUUUUCCUAGCAACUCAUCCUGAAGUAAAGUCUGAACAAUUAGACCAAUUAAGAUCUGUAACGAUAGGAGCUGCGCCAUCCCCCAAAACAGACAUCGAGAACUUUAUGAAAAAAGUAAACCGUGAAUUUCAUUUCGGUCAAGCGUAUGGUCUGACGGAGACAGCUCCCCUCGCGACGAUCGCACCUCUGGGCUUCAAGAACUACGCGAGUGUUGGCUUCCCUGUGCCAAACACACAACUACGAAUAGUCGACGAGAAUCUUAAUAAUUUGGGGCCGGAUGAGGUCGGUGAACUUCUUUUGAGAGGUCCUAACAUAAUGAAAGGAUACAGAGAUAAUCCGGAAGCAAACAGGAACGCGUUCGUUGAUGGCUGGUUCCGUAGCGGAGAUCUAGCGAGUAUAAAUGAGGAGGGAGCCGUCACCAUUGCUGAUAGACUCAAGGAACUAAUUAAGGUUAAAGGUUAUCAGGUGCCACCAGCAGAGUUAGAGAGUGUAUUAAAGGAGCACGAGGCAGUUUUUGAUGCGGCAGUCGUCGGAGCACCAGACCCAUCUUCCGGACAAAAACCAAAAGCAUUCGUAGUAUUAAACAAUAAUAGUAAAGCAAGGGAAUCUGAAAUAUUAGAAUUUGUUAAUGAAAAAGUUGCAGCAUACAAGAGAAUUAAGGAUAUAGUGAUCUUGGAUGCUAUACCUAAAAAUCCAUCGGGAAAGAUAUUGAGGAGGGUGCUUGUACAAAAGUAUUGUUAAGAAGACAUAAUUUUAUAACGGAAGCAUGGGUGGAAGUGAUCACUUAAGAUUAAUUGUUUUUUUUUCCUCAAGUAUUAAAGUUUUUUUUAUAGAUAACUUUUUAAAAGAAGACAGGGUUUUCCUCGGUAGAUUUUAUCAAAACAAAGUAAUGUUCAGGGAAGAGGAAUGUUAACCCCGUGGUCUGAUGAUAUCAUACAAGUGGCUGGUUAACAGUGGAUGAAGACUGCCAAGAACAGGGAUGGUUGGAAAUCUCUAGAGGAAGCCAUCCUUAUUGAGAACGAGGAGUUCUUACUACCAUAAAAUUUUUGAAUAAAAAGUUAUAGGAAUAAGAUUUUCUUGUAUAUAAUACGUUAAUAUUUAAGGAUAAAAUGAUUAAAUUUAGUAAGAAAUA